UCUGUAAGUGGCCCCUGCGCGGGCCCCUUGCCUCGAGGUCGAAUUGGACUUCCAAUCCGACAGGAAGAGAGAUAUCCCGGGGCAUGGUUCAACGCUUACACAGAUUGGUGGGAGCGAUACACCAAAGCUUUCAUAGCCCAGGGGCAUGACCAGGGUCCAGGGUUACGAUAAUCCACUGUCCGAUACCGCCGAGGAAGAAAACGUUUGGAAAGUGGAAGGCGCACUGUUAGCCACAUGGCUGGCGCUACAAGAAGGUGUACACGGGGUCGAUUAUGCGCCGGAGAAUGGGGACCGUUACAAGUUCAAUUUCAAGCGCGGCGGCAUCGAGAAGACUUUGGAAAGCUUCCUUAACUCCCUAGAGUUAAGUCAGAGGCCGUUGCAGGCGCUCGCUGGACCAUGAAACAUUAAUUGACUUGGCCGAGCAAUCGCUCAAAAUGUAGAACUCUGUCAAUCACUAGCAUGCGAAUUAUAUCCAUUUUCUUUUGCGGAGAAUCAUAUAGACAAAACGAAUUCAAA